AUGGAUCAAUUCAAAUACAAGAAUUACCUGGACAGCAUUGUGUUGCAGCUCCGUGAGCAGUUUGCAGAUUCUUCAUUGAUGGUAUUAAACUUCAGAGAUGAAGGAAAAAGUCUGGUUUCAGGCUUGUUCUCCCUGUACAGAAUUACAGUCAAAGAUUACCCCUGCCAAUACUUAGGAUGCCCAUUGCUUCCUUUGGACAUCGUCAUCCACUUCCUCAGGCUGAGCGAGAGGUGGCUUAUGUUUGAAGGGAAGCAAAAUAUUCUGCUAAUGCACUGUGAGAAAGGCGGAUGGCCAGUGUUGGCAUUUAUGCUUGCAGCUCUUCUUCUGUACCGGAAACAAUACAAUGGGGAACAAAGAACUCUGGACAUGGUGUACAAGCAAGCACCGAAGGAGCUUCUUCAGAUGUUAACAACAUUAAAUCCACAGCCUUCUCAUGUUCGAUAUCUACAGUACAUAUGCAGAAUGGACUACGAGUUAGGGUUGCCCACACAACCUAUUCCUUUCACCCUGGAUUGUGUAAUUCUUAGAGGAGUACCAAAUUUCGAUGGGGUAGGUGGUUGUAGGCCAAUAGUUCGAGUAUAUGGGCAGGAUAUUCUAACGCUUGAUAGAGGUCGCAAUGCUCUUGCAACACCAUUCAAAGCCAAGAAACAUGUUAGGCGUUACAGACAGGCAGACAACAUGCCGGUGAAGUUAAAUGUGGGAUCAUGCGUCCAAGGUGAUGUGGUCCUUGAAUGCUUGCAUGUGGAUGAUGGCCUAGAAAAUGAAAGGCUAAUGUUUAGGGUGAUGUUCAAUACUUUCUUUAUCCAGUCUCACAUUUUACAGUUGGACUUUGAGCACAUUGAUGUCUCUUGGGAUGCUGAUCACCGGUUCAUAAAGAACUUCAAAGCAGAGGUAGGCCAUGCUUUUUUCUUACAUGUCUGGGGCAACUUAUUAUCAAAUCGAUUAAUGUUAAUUGCAAGUGCAUGCCUGAACCAGGUACUCUUUUCAGAGUUUGAUGCUGAAUCUGAUGCGUCUUCCGAAAUUGCAUCCGGUGAUGAUGAUGAUGAUGACGACGACGACUGUGGUGAUGAGAUAGAAGUUGGCUCUGCUGAUGAGUUCUUUGAAGCAGAAGAAAUCUUCAGUAGUCUUGACUUACAUGAUGGACACAAGGAUGCUGAUUUUCGUUCCAUAGCUUCUUCAGAUCGUACUUCAAGCGUUGAAGCUAGGAAAAUCUCACCAUUUUCCAGUCUUGAGCUGAGCAGUGAUGAUAUUGAUGGAUCACCAGAAAAUAAAAUCGAUGACAUGAAUAUGUCAUUUGGAAUACUAAAUGAUGAAAAUGCAUGCACAUCUGUUGACACCAAUAUUAUGCAUGAAGAUAUAACGAGAGUAGUGUCAAGUUUGGAAAGUACAACAGAUGGAGGCAGAGACAGCAUCAAUUCGAGUUCUGCUACCUACAUAGAUAAAGAUGAUGGCUGCACAGUUGAAAACAGCGAUUCAAGGCAGGACAGGAUAGUGGAUCCCAAGCAAGACUUGAGUCAUACUGAUAACGUGCUGGUCAAAGAGGUGAUUAUAUUGGAAACCAAUAAUCCAAAGGACAUUCAGAUGAUCAAAGAAGUAAUCAUAUCUGAAGUCACCGCUCCAAAACAAGUGCUGGAGGGCGAGAUUGAAUUAGGCAAUGCAGUCCACAAUUCAGAAAGCAUCAUAUUGACGGAGGCUGAUAGUACUGAAGGACUUAACAUUGACAUUGCUCUCAAACAGGAUGAGGGAGAUAGUCCAAGAGAAGAAUGCGUUACUUCUGUCAAUGGCACCAAACAAGAAAACAACAGUAAUACGGAUCAACCUAGCAUCAGUGACACAAACGUACUAGUGAUUGAGCCCGCAGAUCAGAAUAACAGGAUGGAGCCUCCACUAGUAGGGAGGCCACACCUGCAGAGCACAAGUGCUACCAUGAUUUUAAAUUCUGGCGAGCAAAAGAUUAAGCAGUCUGAUGCUUCCAAUAACAAUGGAGCUGCAGAACAAACAGAGGGAACGGAAGCUUCUGCAUCCAACUCGACAGGCCAACCUUCGAAUAUUUCUUCUGUGAAUAUGCUAUCUGAAGGUUUUAGCCUGGAAGCAAAUGGCACUCUAACUCAUGCCAGUGCAAGUACAGUUACAGCUGACUCGUCUCGACUGGCGCUAAAGAAAAAAACUUUUCUUCCUUUGUCAACACAACGUAUUUUUGCUCCAUACUCUCCCAGGCGUAAUGUGCUCCGUUCAGCAUCGACAGAUUUGUCCUUUCUAUCUCCAUUGCAAACAGAAUCUAAUCAGAACUCUGUUCCUUCUACAAGCGGGAGGGAUGUUGUUACUACACCUUCAGUGUCUCCACCGCCCCCAUCCUCUACAUCUCUGAGAUCAUCCCUAGUAAAUCCCCCUCUACGACCAAUCAAAACUGUUUCAUCUUUACCUUCAUCUUCAUCAUUGGAAGCAUAUAUAGAGAUGUCAACUUCCUAUUCUCCAUUAUCACAUGUUAACCCUCAUCCUCCCUUGAUAUCAUUAUCACCACCUCGACAACCUUACCCAGCAAAGACACAUGAAAAAGAUUUACAUGCAGGUAGUCUAUCUUUUCCUGCUUUGCCUGCUUCCAACAGGUAUGCAUCUCACCCUCCAGCGCCACCCCCACCUCCUCCUUCACGUACUCUUUGUACUAAAAUUAUUUCAAGCACCUCAAUAUCUCAUCAUGCACAAAGAAGAGAAAAAGGGUCUUGCUCCUCUAGUCCUCGUAGACAAACUAUUCUCAACCUAGGUUUUUCCUCUCUAACUUUACCAUCCAAAAGUAGUAUAGUGAUGACAGACUUUAUCUUAGGAGCCUCUGAUUUUAUAGACAUGGAAGUAACAAACAGAAGAAAUAUACCAACUGACAUGUAUGUUCCAACUACCAGUGAAGAUACAAAGUAUUUCUUUCACAUGCCUCAUUCUUUAUCUCCCAAAACUUCUCAACAUAGUACACCACAGCCUCCACCUCUGCUUCCUCUACUGCCACAACUACCAUUGCCAAUUACAGAUAGUGAAUCAGUACCACUUAUAAGCUCAAAGUCUUCUUCAGAUUGUUCAUAUAAAGAAGCAGCAACACCACCAGGAAAACAACCCCUCUCUCCACCUCCACUUGGAGCAAAUGAUCCUUCAAGUUCAAAAUUUAAAGAGGAAGUACCUCAUGAACAGCCUUUAGAUCCUCCUUUGGAAGCAUGCAAGGAAUUCUCGUGGCAUGAACUGAUCAUUGAAACCCCACCCUCCACAGUUCAUAUAAAAGAACAUGGAGCCAUUCCAACCCCACCACAUCCACCCAGCUGGCAUAGGGGAAUUUCACCUGCUCAUAUACUUACACGUCAACCCCGUCACCCACCUUCAACACCACCUGCAGCCCCGCCUUUGCCACCACACUUGUCUUUACUCCCAUCUCUAGAACCUUUGCCCUCACCUUCAGUUACACCCUCAACAGAAUCCUUGUCAUCUCCCCAUUUACCUCAAACACCAGCCCUUCAUAUAAAUGAUAUAUCAUCCCUGUCUGCCCCACCACCAUCUCCACCGCCUCCUCCACCUCCGCCUAGAGAGCAUGAAGUAAUUUGCCCUUUGCCUCCAAUUUCACCUAAAAGGCAUGAUGUACCCUCACCUCCACCACCACCUCCUUUUGGACAACAUCAAGCACUUUUGCCUCCUUCCAUUUCCCAGGAUCAUGUAAUAGCUCCACCUCCACCUCUAACAAGGGAUGCUGGAAUUCCGCUGCCACCACCACCUCCACCUAGAGAGAGCGCUGGGAAUUUCCCUCAUCCUAUUGAAGGAAGCCCAUCUCCAACUCUACUAGAAUGUCAAGUUAGAGCUCCAAUUCCGCCAUCACCUCCUUUUUGUGAAGGAAAGGAAAGAAUUCCACCUCCAAUUUCUCUUGAAGGAAAUAAAACAACUCCACAGCCUUCUCUUAUUAGAGGACGAGAAGGAACUCCACUGCAAGAUGGAUUUCAAGGUGGAGCUCCACCUCCAACAGCACCUCUUGGAGUGCAUGGAGGGGCUCCAUCGCCGCCGCCACCACCUCCUGUAGCAUGUCGAGUGGCUCCACCGCCGCCGCCGCCACUUCCCGGAGGAUGCGAAGGGCCGCCUCCACCUCCUCUGCUACCUCCUGGUGCACAUAGUGGAGCUCCACCGCCGCCACCACUUCCCGGGGGAUACGAAGUGGCACCUCCACCUCCUCCGCUACCUCCUGGAGCCUAUGGUGGGGCUGCACCGCCGCCGCCGCCACCUCCCGGAGGAUAUGGAGGGGCACCUCUACCUCCUCCUCCACCUGGAGGAAUCGGAGGAGUUCCACCUCCACCACCGCCUAUUGGAGGGAUAGGAGGUACUCCAACUCCUCCACCUCCCGCAGGAUUUCGAGGUGGAGCUCCGUCUCCUCCUCCUCCUCCCGGAGGAUAUGGCGGGACUCCUCCACCACCUCCUCCUAGAGGGCAUGGAGGAGUAGGUGGCCCCCCUCCCCCACCAGGUGCACCUGCUCCUCCAAUGCCCCCCGGAAUACCUGGUGGCCCCCCUCCACCUCCUGGAGUACCUGGUGGCCCCCCUCCACCUCCUGGUGGACGAGGUGGCCCCCCUCCACCUGGUGUAAGAGGUCUUCGUUCCUUGGGCGCAACCUCACUUACUGUAGCACGGAAGUCAUCUCUAAAACCACUGCACUGGGUCAAAGUAACAAGAGCAAUGCAAGGAAGUGUAUGGGCAGAAAUUCAAAAGCAAGAUGCUGAUAGCGAUUCUGAGUUCGAUGUGAGUGAACUGACAUCUCUUUUCACUAUUGCUCCAAAGGCAAAAGGUGGCGCAAAAACAGAAGGGGCUGGAAAAUCUAUUGGUUCCAAAACUGAUAAGAUUCACCUGAUGGAUAUAAGACGGGCAAAUAACACAGAGAUCAUGUUGACGAAAAUCAAAAUGCCACUCUCCGAAAUGAUGAGUGCUGCUCUGGCCUUGGACGAUUCAGUUUUAGACGCUGAUCAGGUUGAAAAUCUCAUAAAGUUUUGCCCAACAAAAGAGGAAAUGGAGCUUCUAAAGAACUUUACAGGAGACAAGGAAACUCUUGGAAAGUGUGAACAGUUCUUUCUAGAAUUGAUGAAGGUGCCGAGGAUUGAAUCUAAGUUUAGGAUAUUUGCUUUCAAGAUUCAGUUUCAGACACAGAUUAGGGAUGUUAGAAAGAAUUUGCUGACCGUGGCAUCGGCUUGUGAGGAGCUCAGAGGCUCUGAGAAGCUGAAGGUGAUCAUGAAGAACAUUCUGUUAAUUGGGAACACAUUAAAUGAAGGGACACCAAGAGGCCAGGCUGUUGGUUUCCGCUUGGAUAGUAUCCUAAAACUUGUAGAGACCCGUGCAACCAGCAGUAGAACAACACUAAUGCACUUUCUUUGCAAGUCCCUUGCAGGAAAGUCACCAGAACUACUGGAUUUUCAUGAGGAUUUAGUUAGCUUGGAAGCUGCUUCGAAGUUGCAAUUGAAAGCAUUGGCGGAGGAACAGCAGGCAGUUGUAAAAGGGCUAGAGAAAGUUGAACAGGAACUAACUGCUUCAGAAAGUGAUGGGCCAGUUUCUGAUGUUUUUCGGAAGACUUUAAAGGAGUUCCUUGAUGAUUCUGGUGCUGAUGUACGUGCCCUAUCAGCACUCUACGCUGAUGUAAAGUGCAGAUGCACUUUCCCUUUAUUUUGGAGAAGACCCUGCAAAAUACCCUUUUGA